CAUUGUAUAUAUAUAAUCACACUUUAGGUUACCCUCACCACAUCUCAGAUAACCAUGGCCAGAACUCUGACAGAAGUCCUUAUCUUCCUCUUUCUCUCCCUUAUUCUCUUCCCCAUCACCCUUGCUACCGCGAGACCUGACACUUUCUCAAGAAACUUAUCUCCAAAAAAACUAGGCCUCAAGCGGGAGAAACUAAGCCACCUUCACUUCUACUUCCACGACACACUUAGUGGGAAAAAUCCCACCGCUGUUCCUGUUGCCCAAGCAGCCACCACAAACAAGUCUUCGACAUCAUUUGGGCUGGUCGCAAUGAUCGAUGAUCCCUUGACUGUAAAGCCCGAGGUCAGCUCGAAGCAAGUAGGAAGAGCACAAGGGAUUUAUGCAUCGGCAUCACAAAGUGAAGUAAGUUUCUUAAUGGUAUUGAACUUGUUUUUCACAGAAGGGAAGUAUAAUGGUAGCACUCUCAGUAUCCUGGGUCGCAACAGCAUAUUUUCAGGCAUUAGAGAGAUGCCAAUUGUUGGUGGGAGCGGGCUUUUCCGUUUCGCAAGAGGCUAUACUCAGGCAAAGACUUAUAUAGCUAACCUUAAAACUAAUGAUGCUAUCGUGGAGUAUAAUGUGUAUGUCUUCCAUUAUUGAGAUCAACUGUUGAUUUGUUUUUUCAA